AUGGGUUCCUAUUCGGGUGGGUUUUCUGGAUCCUUGGACGGAUUCGAUUUCAGUAGCGAGUUUGAUGGAUUGCCUGGCUCUAACGAAACCUUAGCUUUAGCAAAUGGAUUCUAUCUAGAUGAGCCUUUCUUAGAUUUCGCAUCUUUGGAUCAUUCAUCUGCUCCUCCAGAUAACAACAACAACAACAACAAAUCUGCAUCCGGAGAUCCAUUGUCCUCUCCCUCUGAUGACGCUGAUUUCUCGGACUCUGUUUUGAAGUACAUAAGCCAAGUGCUUAUGGAGGAGGACAUGGAAGAGAAGCCGUGUAUGUUUCACGACGCCUUGGCUCUACAAGCAGCUGAGAAAUCUCUCUACGAGGCCCUUGGCGAGAAGCCCCCUUCUUCCUCUUCUACCUCUAUGGACCAUCGAGCUUACCCUGAGAAAUUGUCUGAUGAUAGUCCUGAUGGUUCUUGUUCAGGCGGUGGCUUCAGUGACUACGCUAGCACCACCACCACUUCCUCUGAUUCGCACUGGAGUGUUGAUGGUUUGGAGAAUAGACCUUCUUGGUUACAGACACCAAUCCCUAGUAAUUUCGUUUUCCAGUCCACUUCUAGGUCCAACAGUGUCACGAGUGGUGGUAAUAACGCCGUUUUAGGGUCAGGCUUUGGCGAUGACUUGGUUUCGAGUAUGUUCAAAGAUAGUGAAUUGGCUAUGCAGUUCAGGAGAGGGAUGGAGGAAGCGAGCAAGUUCCUUCCUAAAUCUUCUCAGCUCUUUAUCGACGUGGAGAACUACAUUCCGAAGAGUUCCGGGUUCAAGGAAUUUGGUUCUGAGGUUUUUGUUAAGACGGAGAAGAAAGAUGAGACAGAGCAUCGUUAUAACUCUGCUCCUCCUCCACCUAACAGAUUGACUGGGAAGAAAAGCCAUUUGCGUGACGAAGAUGAAGAUGUCGCCGAGGAAAGAAGUUACAAGCAAUCUGCUGUUUACGUUGAGGAAACCGAGCUUUCUGAAAUGUUUGAUAAGAUUUUGCUCUGUGGCACUGGGCAGCCUGUAUGCAUUACUAACCAGAAGUUUCCAAACGAACCCGCUAAAGUCGAGACAACACAGCAAAUUGCGGCGCAGUCGAAUGGAGCAAAGACCCGUGGGAAGAAAUCAACUGCUAAUGGUAGCAGCAAUGAUUCUAAGAAAGAAACUGCUGAUUUGAGGACUCUUUUGGUAUUAUGUGCGCAGGCUGUAUCAGUGGAUGAUCGUAGAACUGCCAACGAAAUGUUGAGACAGAUACGGGAGAAUUCUUCGCCUCUGGGGAAUGGGUCCGAGAGACUGGCUCAUUACUUCGCAAAUAGCCUCGAAGCUCGCUUAGCUGGUACUGGUACGCAGAUCUACACCGCUUUAUCUUCUAAGAAAACAUCUGCAGCAGACAUGUUGAAGGCUUACCAGACUUACAUCUCAGUGUGCCCGUUCAAGAAAGCCGCUAUCAUAUUUGCUAACCACAACAUAAUGCGUUUGACUGCAAACGCCAACAUGGUCCACAUCAUAGAUUUUGGGAUAUCUUACGGUUUCCAGUGGCCUGCUCUGAUUCAUCGCCUCUCGUACAGACCCGGUGGUCCGCCUAAGCUUCGGAUCACAGGGAUAGAGCUGCCUCAGCGCGGUUUUAGACCAGCGGAAGGAGUUCAGGAGACGGGUCAUCGCUUGGCUCGAUACUGUCAGCGUUACAAUGUUCCGUUUGAGUACAACGCGAUCGCUCAGAAAUGGGAGACGAUCAAAGUCGAAGACUUGAAGAUUCAGAAAGGAGAGUUUGUGGUUGUGAACUCCCUGUUCCGUUUCAAGAACCUUCUUGAUGAGACCGUUGUGGUGAACAGCCCGAGAGAUGCGGUUUUGAAGCUGAUAAGGAAAGCAAACCCGGAUGCCUUCAUCCCGGCGAUCUUAAGCGGAUCCUACAACGCGCCAUUCUUUGUGACGAGGUUUAGAGAAGCCUUGUUUCAUUACUCGGCUCUGUUUGAUAUGUGCGACUCGAAGCUGGCGAGGGAAGACGAGAUGAGGCUGAUGUUUGAGAAAGAGUUUUAUGGUAGAGAGAUUAUGAAUGUUGUGGCUUGUGAAGGGACGGAGAGAGUGGAGAGACCCGAGACUUACAAGCAGUGGCAGGCGAGAGUGAUCCGAGCCGGGUUUAGGCAGCUUCCGCUUGAGAAGGAGCUGAUGCAGAAUCUGAAGUUGAAGAUCGAAAACGGGUACGAUAAAAACUUCGAUGUUGAUCAAAAUGGUAACUGGUUGCUCCAAGGGUGGAAAGGUAGAAUCGUGUAUGCUUCAUCUGUUUGGGUUCCUUGUUCUUCUUCGUAG